GACAAUAACACGUCACUGAAGGGCGGUUUCUGCAUUGUUUCACAUCUUAACAGCAGCUCCAGGUGAACUCAUUCCUGCUGAACUUGUAUGUAUAUAACGUGUUUUUAAUCUGUGUCUGCUGGAACCGCGUGCAACACAGAGCGACGGUGAACCGGAGUCAAACUCCUGCGCGUUCACAUGCCGGUUCUGGUCCUGAAGCUUCGAACACGCAGACUUCCGGCUCGCCGCCGGAGCGACGUGCUGACGUCACCCGCCGUACGUCGCGCGCUGUGGAGGAAUGUGCGGAAACUUCUACACUUUUCUUUCUGCGCCGUUCGUCGAAGAAACAAAAUCCCAAAGCUGGAAAAAAGUGAAGUGAAGUCGAGUAAAGUUUGGAUCUGAAGAGUCGGUGAGUCUCGCAGCUGUUCGGGGUUUAAUGCCGGACACUAACUGGCGCUGCGGCGGGCGUUAGUCGGAGCGGAGCCGCUGGAAAGUUGUUGGCAGUUUGGGGGAAAAUGGAGGCGGUGAAGGGCUGAACUCAACAUGGCCGCUCAGACGGUGUUCUCGGUGGAGAUGUUUCCUGUCGGGGUUUCUAUGAUGGAGGACGGUCAGAGUCUCAGUGACAUGCCCAGGAACACGCUGCCCGCCCCUCAGCUGGUGAUGCUGGCCAACGUGGCGGCAGUGACGGCGUCGGAGGGCGGCGGCGGCGGCGGCGGUGAGGGCAGCGCCGCGGACGAGAAGGAGAUGAUGGAGCUGAAGACGGUGGGAUGCAGCUACUCGGACAGCGAGGACGAGAGCAUCAUCAGGUACAGCUACGACAACCAGAACCACAGAGAGGUCUGUAUCAUCGAGUACCCCGAGUCUCCGGGCCCGGGCAUCCACGCCGUGAUCGUGGGAAACGACACGGAGGAGGAAGGGGAGGGCGGUGGGGACAAAGCUGAAGACCUGUCCCAUCGCGCUCAGCCCCGCCCCUCUGCCGCCACCAAAACACCCGAGCAGGGCCUCAAACACAAAGACAGCCCCGCCGCCGCAACGGAGAGGACAAAGAAGAAGAAACCCUUCCACUGUAAACCGUGUCACUUCCAGGCUCAGAACGAGCAGGAGUUUGUCGAACACCUCGGCACUCACGGCAUCAGCAAGAUGAUGGUGGUGAACCGCGUGGAGGGGAGGAGCAAGACCAAGGCCAAGGAGGCGGAAACACCCGAGUCCCCGGCGCCGUCAGGCGGCGAGAUGGAGAGCAGCGGGGAGGUGGGGGCUGCUGGGACAGCAGGUGACAUCAAAGGGCUGAUCAGGUGUGAACGGUGCGGCUACAACACCAACAGAUACGACCAUUACAUCGCCCACCUGAAACACCACAGCAAGGAGGGCGAGGACCACAGGGUGUUUAAGUGCACUCUGUGUCCGUACACCACCGUCAGCCAGUACCACUGGAGGAAGCACCUGAGGAAUCACUUCCCCAGCAAGCUGCACACCUGCAGCCAGUGCUCCUACUUCUCCGACCGCAAGAGCAACUACAUCCAGCACAUCAGGACACACACAGGUGUCCGUCCUUUCCGGUGUCUGUACUGCGACUACUCCAGUUCACAGAAGACCCACCUGACCCGACACAUGAGGACUCACUCCGGUGAGCGUCCUUUCAAGUGUGAGAGUUGUAACUACCUGGCAGCCAACCAGCAUGAGGUGACCCGCCACGCCCGGCAGGUCCACAAUGGCCCCAAACCUCUUUCCUGCCCAUACUGCGAGUACAAGACCGCGGACCGCAGCAACUUCAAGAAGCACGUCGAACUGCACCUCAAUCCUCGCCAGUUCCUGUGCCCUCUCUGCAAGUACGCCGCCUCCAAGAAAUGCAACCUGCAGUAUCACAUCAAGUCCAGGCACUCCGGCUGCAACGUCGCCGUGGACAUUUCCAAGGUCAAACUGCGUGUUAAGAAACCUGGUCCUGACGGUGCAGAGGAAAACUCCAGAGCAAGCAAGUUGGACAACUCAUCCAGCGUCGAGGAGGACUUCGACAUGGACGAGGAUGACGGGGACGAGGGUGUGGACUCGAGCCCUAUCAAUCUGUCAAUCAGAAAGAGCAGCCGGCCCAGCAUCGCCCAACCGGGGCAGAGUGAAGCACCCGACAAGGCUCCGAAGAAGUCCAGUGUCUCUUCUGAGAAAGAGAAACUAUCGAAAGUGAAGGACAAGGUGGAACCGGAGAGAAAGGUCACAACAAGGCAGAAGAAGAUUGAGAAGGCCAACGAGAAUCUUCUAGAGAACGCAUCUGUCAAACAAACCAAGACGGAGACAGUAACAGCUGCUGUAAAUACAGAUAACAAGGUAAAGAGACGAGUCAAAAACCUGCCGGCAGAGAAAACAGCUGUCCAGGACCAAGCAGCAGUAACUGCAUCAGAACAAGACCAAAAGCAGACAGAGAAAUCUGACCAACAAAGAUCGGACGAGGAAAGAGUAGUGAGGCAGAAAGAGGAAGAAAAGUUAAGACCUGAGAAGGAGAAAGAACAUCAGAAGAAUGACAGCAGUGGAAAGGAGAACAAAAGCGUCAACAGGUCAAGGAAGUCUGGAUCAAAGAAGUCGGAAAAAUUACCAGAACACGUUGAAGAAGCUCAGCAGAAACCGGACAGUCCGAAGAAAAUUCAAAAGGAAAAGGUGGUGAAGGAAAAGGCUGCGAAGAGGAAAGCAGCGGAGGCUCUGGAUCUUUCCAAAAGGUCCUCGUCUGAGACUCCAUCCAAGGCCAGGCGUCUGAAAGCCACAGCUGCAGAGAACCUGCAUUUGAAACCUGCUUCAGAAGACACGAAAAAGAUAAAUGGUGCCACUCCUACACUCCACAAGUCCAAUGGGACAACCCCUGUGAAGCAGAAGAAGACCAGGAAUGCCAGCAAGAAAGCUGGACUUCAACAAACUGUGGAUCCACCUAAAGACAAGACGACUCGUCCAUCCACAGACGCUCCAGAAGGAUCCGAUCAGCCGGACAACCCAACACAAACCACAGACUCUGAGCACCGCCCGACAGAAAACAGCCCUGCACAGAAGAAGGCCUCCACAGAUGAAACAACUCCAGCGGCACCAGAAAAGACUCUGAACAAACCCUCGGAGAAGAUGGAAGUUUCACCCACCUGCGGUUCAGGUGAGGACACACCUUCUCCGGCCGAUGACCACCCUGCGCCGACGUUUGUUAAACCCACAUCACCGCCUUCUCUGGUGCUUCCAGGCCAGCGAAGCAAACCUGCCGAUCCAGAGGACGACGAGGGCAUCCACAGCAGCCAUGAAGGAGGAAGUGACAUCAGCGACAGCGCUUCUGAGGGCAGCGACGACUCUGGCCUCAACGGCAACGGCGCUGGAUCGGGUAAAAUGGCCAACGACCCCGAAACGCCCACCGACGAGAUCCCAACACCGACGGAGCUCAAGAGUCACAUGUGCAUCUUCUGCGACCGUACGUUCCCUUUGGAGGUGGAGUACCGACGCCACCUGAACCGCCACCUUGUCAACGUCUACUACAUGGACAACACGGCCAAAGGCCAGAAAUGAGGACCUGUAUCCAUGGCAACACAUUCUGCAUGGACAUCUUGGUCUCAGCUUUUUUGCUUAAAGCAGAAACUUUAAAACCAAGUCAGGAAGAAACCGAAACAGAAAAUACCAGUUUGCCCCAGUUAGCUGGUCGUUAUCAACUGUCUUUCAUGUUUGGUUUUAAACGUUAACAAACAGUUUGAGUGCCUGUAAAUAUAAACGGCCUCGUAACGAGGGGUCCAAGCACCAGCACUGUGGCAGUUUGCUAAACCCACUUUUGCUAACCAGUCUGAGGCCUUUGGAGUCAGAGACCAAAUUGGUGUCAAAACUUUUUUUGGAGCCUGUUUGUUAAAAAUCAGUUGCAGGUUUUAAUUGUUCUGUUUGCAGCUACACGAGUUUGAUCUUUGUUUCCACAGUGCCGUUUUUGGAAAAACCUUUUCUCUCACUCCAGAUCCGGCACGCCCAACUGUAGGUGGGCACUGAACACCUGGAUUAUCAUCAGGAUUACCCUGUUUAAAUGUCUUCCCAGUUUGUUUCCAGUGUGGUCAUAACGCUGUCACAUUUUAAUUAAUAAUAACAAUAUUAAAUGACCCAAAUAUGUUCCAGAUUUUUCAUACCGAGUUCGGUGCAAACCUGACGUUAAGUGGAGCUAUGACACAGUUUUGGUAUCAGCACAGCAAAUAGUUCAAAUGUCACCAAAUCUGGUGCACAGAACCAAAAUGUUCAGUAUUGUCAAACUAAACUUGGUAAAUGUGAUGAUGCUGCAACAGUUUACAUUUAAAAAAUAACUAUUUGCUUUCUGUGGUUUCACGCUGCCGUGUAGCGGCCUUCCCGAGAACAGGCUCUGGCCGAGGCCUCGGGUCGCUGCUCCUUUGGGUCGGGUGGUGCUGGGUUCUUGGACCCCAGUCUACCUGCUCGCAGGUCUGGUGUUAUGUUGCUUCACUCAGUGGCCGCUCUCUCAGAUCUCAUGUUCAUCUGCGAUUCACGUCUUUAACAUGUCGUCGUCUGCAGCAGCAGAUUCGUUAGCUUUCCAUCAUUUCGUCAAAUGAAUUUUUAAAACCAUUUUGUAAAUCAGACUUUUGUCAUUCGACCGUAUCGAUGAUGUCAUGACCACAGCGGGAUGUUGACUGAUUUCAUGUCACUACUGACACUCAUCUGUGUAACUGAAUCAUUACAUCAUAAACAUUUCACUCUGUUACAAGCUGCUGGGGAUUGUUGUAAUAUACUGUACGUAGGUGAGGUCUGUCCAAAUAUUUUAUAUUUUCCAUUUUUAAAAACAUGCAGUGCCUUUGACAAUCAGUUGUGUACAGUGAUACUUUUUAGCUUUGUCCUUCUGAAGUUAUUCUGAUGUUUUUGUUUUUGGACCGCCGGUUAAAGUCUGCAGGAUGAACUGCAGGUUUGUCCAAAGAGACCGUCGUGUGUUUAGUUUCCUUUUCAUGUGCAGUGUGAACACUUGACUUACAGCUCCGUCACUUAGACAUUUAUCCAACAGGUCGCUCGAUCUGCCGUCUUUGAUUAGUUAAACGAGAUUACACAGGUUAUUGUAUCAGCGUCAUUUUAUUUCUUAAUACCACAUUAGUCUUUUUUUUGGUGGCCGAUGAUGAAGCCUAAAACCUAAGACCUGGUCCUUUGGCCUAAAACUCUGUUCGGUUAAACUCCAGGUUGCUUCCUUGUAAAUAAUUCUGUGCAAUAUUUCCUUUUAGUCGAGAAGCCAAAGUGAACGUGGAGCUCUUCGUGAUGUAGAAGUUUUCUCCUGGUUGUAAAGAAACUUUCAUAUCUCCGAUGCGUUUCUACAGAGGAAUGAUGAACAUGUAGAGGAAUUAUAUUUCAUCACUGUUAGAGGAUAUUUUGGUGGCAGUAACAACCUUCCACUGUUUUCUAUGUGCUAGUAGUCAUAACUUCCCAUGAAGUGACUAAAACCAACCAGGGCUGUAACAAUUAUUGAUUAUUUUGAGCAUUUAUUGAUUAAUCAUUUUGUCGUCAAAUGUCCCAAAGAGACUCAGUUUACUGUGAUAUGAAACACACACACACACACUCUAUUGUCUGAAUAUUAAAAAUGACAACAGUCUUUAUGUUGCGCUGACAUUUUCCUGCGUUACAGUAAACAGACGUGCCGUCAGCAGUUGGAUUUAAAAAGAUAAAAUAACGCCACGUUUAUUCUUUCAAGGAGAAAAGUACUAAUAUUUUCCUAAUUAAUUAGUUACUAAGUAACAGGAGUCGGAGUGUGAGCGUCCUGUAACUAACGACAGAUGAAAUGAGCAUAUCUCCCAUAUUAAGUAUUGUUAUUAGACAGGUAGGCGCUCUUUGCUGUUUAUUCUCCUCACAACCUAACAGGUUUGAUUUCCAGUUGAAUGAUUUAAGUUCAAUUUAAUAUCAUAUUUUAUUCUGCUUUUUUUUUUUUUAAAUAAAGAUUUUCAAAAUCAA